UCAGACUUAAAAGAGGUCAAGUUUAUUCAAUAAAACCCAUCUUUUCUUUUAUGCACCGAAGCAGAGCUCAGAAGCAGAGAAGGUGAAGCAGCGAAACGAAUCAAAAUCCACUCUCACGCCAUGCCGUAGAGAUGCAGCAGCAAAUCCACAAAAUAAAUAAAUAAAUAAAUGAUGCAAGGACUUCACCAACAACAACAACUCGCUGCUCUCCUUUCCGCUGCUCUCCCUAAAGACUCCCCCUCCCCCUCCACCGCCAUCACCACCACCCCAACAAUUACCCCUGCCUCAACAACAGCCAAAUCAACCAACUCGGAAAACACCGACGACGAAGACUCAGCUAGACUCGGCGCCAUUAACUCACUCCACCGCGCUAUUGUUUACCCUCCUAAUUCACUCCUUGUCUCUCACUCCGCUUCUUUUCUCUCUCAAGGAUUCUAUCAACUCCUAACUGACAAGUCAUAUGCCAUUAGGCAAUCUGCAGCGACUGCUUAUGGGGCAUUAUGUGCUGUGAUAUGUGCGAUUCUAAUUGGAUCAAAUGGAAGGCAAAACCAUGUUAUGCUUGGAAGUAUUGUUGACAGGUUCAUUGGUUGGGCUUUGCCGUUGCUUAGCAAUGGUGGUGGGGGUGAUGGGACAACAGAACUGGCAUUGGAAGGGUUGCGUGAGUUUCUUAGUGUUGGAGAUGUUGUGGGAAUUGAGAGAUAUGCUUUGCCUAUCCUCAAAGCAUGUCAAGAACUUUUGGAGGAUGAGAGAACCUCCUUGAAUUUGUUGCAUAGGCUUUUGGGUGUAUUGACUUUGGUUUCGAUCAAGUUUUCUAGGUUUUUUCAGCCUCAUUUUCUGGAUAUUGUGGAUUUACUUCUUGGUUGGGUGUUGGUGCCAGAUCUUGCAGAAUCAGACAGGCGUGUUAUCAUGGAUAGUUUCUUGCAGUUUCAGAAACAUUGGGUGGGGAAUUUGCAGUUCUCUUUGGGAUUGUUGUCUAAGUUUUUGGGUGACAUGGAUGUAUUGGUUCAGGAUGGGAGUCGUGGAACACCAGCACAAUUUCGUAGGUUGCUGGCACUCCUUUCUUGUUUUACAACAGUGUUGCAGUCCACUGCUUCAGGUUUGUUGGAAAUGAAUCUACUUGAACAAAUAAGUGAAUCUCUUAGAGCAUUGGUUCCUCAGUUGUUGGGAUGCUUAUCCAUGGUUGGAAGGAAAUUUGGGUGGGCAAAAUGGACUGGUGAUUUGUGGAAAUGCUUGACCCUCUUGGCUGAGAUACUAUGCGAAAAGUUUUCUACCUUUUACCCGCUUGCACUUGAUAUCUUAUUCCAAAGCUUGGAUUCACAACCCGGGGCUGAGAAGAUCACCUCCUUUCAAGUUCAUGGUGUUUUAAAGACUAAUCUUCAGCUGUUAUCUCUACAAAAACUUGGUCUUUUCCCAUCAUCAGCCCAGAAAGUAUUACAAUUUGAUGCGCUCAUAUCACAGCUGCGUUUGCAUCCGAGUCAUUUGGUGACUGGAAGUUCUGCUGCUACUUAUAUUUUCUUGCUUCAGCAUGGGAACAAUGAAGUUGUUCAACAGGCAAUUGGUGUGCUAAUCAAAGAGAUGGAGUUGCUGAAGGCCAUGCUAAAUGAAACUUUGAAUCUUGGAGAUGAAAAUUAUAGUGUUAAAGAUUCUAAAUCCUAUUCCAAAAUGGAGUUUUUAGCAUUGAUGAAAUUUGAUUUGAAAGUUUUGUUGACUUGUGUUUCCUUGGGUGGGGGCAGCAGCUUGAUUUGCCAACCAGAACUUGCCGCCAUAUAUCUGAAGAGGUCGGAUAUGUUGGCUUCUUUUAUUGUUGAGAAAUUGGAUCCCUUUAAUUUACCUAUUCAGGCAUAUGUGGAGUUACAGGUCAAUGUUAUCCAGACAAUGGAGAGGCUAACCGCAGUUGAAUUUUUGAGCAGGUGGUCCAUAAGAAAUCAGACUACCCAGACUGCUUCUUUGGAUGACACUGUUUAUAAAGUGAAUAAUGUAAAUGGUUUCAGGGAUGAUAUUUCUGCUGUGAUUAUUGAGCAUUUAAGGAAGUACAGUGCGUUCCUCAUCAAAGCUAUAAAUGUUUCCGCCCCUCUCACAGUUAAAGUGGUAGCCUUAGGGUGGAUCCAAAAAUUCUCAAAUAAUCUUAUUGCCAUCUAUGAAAAUUCAAAUGUGAAUACUUAUUUUGAUGAAGCAUUUGGAUACACUGGUGGUACUGGCAGCAUUAUAUUUUCAGUAUUUGAUGCAGCAUUUGACAGUGAACCGAAGGUGAGGUUGCAGGUUGCAUCAGUUCUGGAGGCGCUUUUGCAGGCAAGGCUUGUACAUCCCAUUUACUUUUAUCCCAUGGCUGAAGUGGUUUUGGAAAAGCUUGGUGAUCCAGAUGUUGACAUUAAGAAUUCAUUUGUGAGACUGCUUUCCCAUGUCUUGCCAAUGACAAUGUUUGCAUUUGGUUUACAUGACCAAGGAACAUCCAGCACCUAUAGGUCCAAUGCAAUUGUUUCGUUUAACAGUUCAAAUUUGAACUGGAAGCAAGUGUUUUCCCUGAAGCAACUAAGACAGCAACUGCACUCACAGCAACUUGUUUCCAUUUUGAGUUACAUCUCUCAAAGAUGGAAGGUGCCUCUUUCUUCUUGGAUCCAGCGGCUCAUUCAUAGCUGUCGGAGUUCAAACGACCUUGUUUUGGGUCAACUUGAGGAAACACGGACAUUUGUUGCUGAUGUUCUUUGGUUGAACAAAAAACUGGAUGAUGAUAUUCUUGAAAGGAUAUGCUCAGUUGAUAACUUGGCUGGUGCUUGGUGGGCUAUUCAUGAAGCAGCUAGAUAUUGUAUUGCCACGCGUCUUCGGACCAAUCUUGGUGGGCCUACUCAAACUUUUGCAGCACUGGAAAGAAUGCUGCUGGACAUUGCACAUGUGCUACAGCUUGAUAUUGAGCAGAAUGAUGGAAACCUAAGUAUAAUAGGCUCUUCUGGUGCUCACUUGUUACCUAUGAGGUUGUUAUUGGAUUUUGUUGAGGCUCUAAAAAAAAAUGUAUAUAAUGCAUAUGAAGGGUCAGCCAUUUUACCAUCUGCUUCUCGCCCAAGCUCCUUGUUCUUCCGUGCAAACAAGAAGGUUUGCGAGGAGUGGUUUUCUCGUAUAUGUGAGCCAAUGAUGAAUGCGGGUUUGGCACUGCAAUGUCAUGAUGCUACCAUUCACUAUUGUACUGUACGUUUGCAGGAACUCAAAAGUGUCUUAUCUUCAUCUUUGAAAGACAAAUCCAGGGCACAGGCAUCUGAGAACCUCCAUAGCAUCAGGGAUAGGUUGUUUGGAGACAUUUUGAGGGUUCUACAGCACAUAGCACUGGCUCUAUGUAGGAGUCAUGAACCUAAGGCUUUGAUUGGUCUGCAUCAAUGGGCUUCAAUGACAUUUUCUUCCUUGCUUAUGGAUGAGAACCAGUCUCCAAGUCAUAAUGGAAUAUCAGGGCCUUUUGCAUGGAUCACUGGCCUGGCAUACCAGGCUGAAGGUCAAUAUGAGAAGGCUGCUGCACACUUCACUCACUUGCUUCAGAAUGAGGAAUCAUUGAGCUCUAUGGGUUCUGAUGGUGUGCAGUUUGCUAUUUCACGUAUUAUUGAAAGCUACACUGCUGUAUCUGAUUGGAAGUCCCUAGAAUCCUGGUUAUCAGAUUUGCAGCAACUGCGUUCUAGACAUGCUGGAAAGAGUUAUUCUGGUGCUCUAACUACUGCAGGAAAUGAAAUCAAUGCAAUUCAUGCCUUGGCACGUUUUGAUGAGGGAGAUUGUCAGGCAGCUUGGUCAUAUCUGGAUUUGACACCUAAAAGUAGCAGCGAACUUACACUUGAUCCUAAACUGGCCUUGCAAAGGAGUGAGCAAAUGCUUUUACAGGCAAUGCUGUUUCUCCAUGAGGGGAAGGUAGAAAAGGUACCACAGGAAACAUGGAAGGCCAAGUUAAUGCUGGAGGAAAUGUUGUCUGUUUUGCCACUUGAUGGUCUGGCGGAGGCAGCACCAUUUGCUACUCAGUUGCACUGCAUCUUUGUGGUUGAAGGAGGUCACAAGCUUAAGGACAACCAUGCAAAAUCCAAAGAACAUCACUCAAUAUUAAGCUCAUAUGUAGAGUCGAUUCAGUCUUUAAUAAACAGAGUUCAUCAGGAUUGUAAUCCAUGGUUAAAACUCCUCCGGAUUUAUCGAACCAACUGUCCUACUUCUCCAGUCACUCUAAAGCUGUCUAUGAGUUUGACAAGUUUAGCCCGUAAGCAGGGAAACCUUAUGUUAGCAACCCGUCUAAAUAAUUAUCUCAGGGAGCAUGCAUUGAAUUGCUCCGAGGAGAGAAACUCUUCUUUCCUAUUGUCAAAGUUGCAAUAUGAGGACUUCAUGCUCCUGCAUGCUCAAAACAAGUUUGAAGAUGCUUUUGCAAAUCUUUGGUCUUUCGUGCGCCCUUGCAUGCUGUCUUCUGCAUCUAUGGUUUCUAAUUCAUAUAAUAAUAUUUUGAAGGCUAAGGCUUGCUUGAAACUUUCAGAGUGGUUGAGGCAGGAUUAUCCAGAUUUGAGUUUGGAAAGUAUCGUUCUCAAUAUACUGACAGAUUUUAAUAUGGAUGAUGCAGCUUCACCUGACAGAGUUGGACACUUUGUCAAUGUCCAGAAUUUCAACUCCAAACCUAGUCUGGUUGUGAACAUUGAGGAAAUCGUGGGCACAGCUACAAAGUUAUCCACACAACUUUGCUCCACAAUGGGCAAGGCAUGGAUUUCUUAUGCCACUUGGUGUUUCACUCAGGCUACAGAUUCUCUCUUUAAUCCAUCUGAAACUGUUCUUCGCUCGUGCUCUUUCUCCCCUGUACUUAUUCCAGAAGUCCAGCCUGACAGAUUCAAUUUAACUGAAGUUGAGAGGACAAGAGUGCAAUCUGUGGUCUUCUGGCUUUUUCAGCACAAGGGUGACGAUUCUAGUGACUGCAGAGAGGGGAUUUUUUGGCCUGAUUCUGUGCAAAAUUCAAUAAAUGAUAAACCAGUGGUGGAGCAAGUAAUUGAUUUAAUUGAAGCUGCAGCUGGUGCACAGGGUGCAGAAAACUCUAGUGGCGAUUCCCUUUCUUUUACUCUUGCAUCUCAACUGCGAAAUUUUUUCCUUUGUGUAAAUGCCGGCUUAGGAGAAGCCAACAUAUCAUCUGCAGUUAAUGAUUUAGUUAGUGUAUGGUGGUCUUUGAGAAGGAGGCGAGUUUCUCUCUUCGGUCAUGCAGCCCAUGGUUUCAUGCAAUACCUGACAUACUCAUCUAUAAAGGCUUCUGAUUCUCAGUUAGCUGGCUUUGAGGGCGAGUCUUUAAAACAAAAAACUGGGAGUUAUACUCUGAGGGCUACCUUGUAUUUCCUACAUAUCCUACUCAAUUUUGGAGUUGAGUUGAGAGAUGCAAUUGAACCAGCUCUUUCAUCAAUUCCUUUAUUGCCAUGGCAGGAAGUAACUCCCCAAUUGUUUGCUCGUUUAAGUUCUCAUCCUGAGCAAGUGGUCCGGAAGCAAUUGGAGGGUUUAUUGAUGAUGUUGGCUAAGCUAUCUCCUUGGUCCAUAGUGUAUCCGACUCUGGUUGAUGUGAAUACUAAUGAGGAGCCUUCAGAGGAGCUUCAACACAUUCUGGGUUGUUUGAGAGAGCUUUACCCAAAAUUAAUUCAAGAUGUUCAACUCAUGAUAAAUGAGCUUGAAAAUGUAACUGUUCUUUGGGAGGAACUAUGGCUCAGCACACUUCAAGAUCUGCAUGCAGAUGUGAUGAGACGCAUAAAUGUGCUGAAAGAGGAAGUUGCGCGAAUAGCAGAGAAUGCAACUCUAAGUCAAAGUGAGAAGAACAAAAUUAAUGCUGCUAAAUACUCAGCCAUGAUGGCCCCCAUUGUUGUGGCCUUGGAACGCCGCCUUGCUUCUACUUCUCGGAAACCAGAGACACCUCAUGAAUUAUGGUUCCAUGGGGAGUAUAGAGAACAUCUGAAAUCAGCCAUUCUGUCAUUUAAGACUCCACCGGCUUCUGCUGGUGCACUAGGAGAAGUGUGGCGGCCAUUUGAUGAUAUUGCUGCUUCCUUGGCAUCUUAUCAAAGAAAGUCGUCAAUAUCUCUAGGUGAAGUUGCACCCCAACUGGCUUUGUUGUCAUCGUCUGAUGUCCCAAUGCCUGGUCUUGAGAAGCAAGUCACAGUAUCUGAAUCUGACAGAAGUUCCACUACAAGUCUCCAGGGAAUUGUUACAAUCACUUCUUUCUCUGAACAACUGACUAUCUUGUCAACCAAAACAAAACCUAAGAAACUUGCUAUACUUGGUUCAGAUGGUCGAAAGUACACUUAUCUUUUGAAAGGGCGAGAAGAUUUACGUCUUGAUGCGAGAAUCAUGCAGCUUCUGCAGGCUAUAAAUGGUUUUCUGCGUUCAUCUUCUGCAACUUCUAGGCAUUUGCUUGAUGUACGUUACUAUUCAGUGACUCCAAUCAGUGGCAGGGCUGGUCUUAUUCAGUGGGUGGACAAUGUGGUGAGCAUAUAUAGUGUCUUUAAGUCUUGGCAAAACCGCGUGCAGCUGGCACAACUCUCAUCAAUGGCUCCAGCCAAUUCAAAAAAUCCUGUUCCUCCACCUGUUCCCCGACCAAGCGAUAUGUUCUAUGGUAAAAUCAUACCUGCACUUAAAGAGAAAGGCAUCAGGAGAGUCAUUUCACGAAGAGACUGGCCCCAUGAUGUCAAACGUAAGGUUCUACUUGACUUAAUAAAGGAGGUUCCAAGACAGCUGCUUCAUCAAGAACUUUGGUGUGCCAGUGAAGGGUUCAAAGCCUUCAGCUCAAAAUUGAGGAGGUACUCUGGAAGUGUUGCAGCCAUGAGUAUGGUGGGCCACAUUCUGGGUCUUGGAGAUAGACAUCUGGAUAAUAUUCUCGUAGAUUUUUGUAGUGGGGAUAUUGUGCACAUUGAUUAUAAUGUUUGCUUUGAUAAGGGGCAAAGAUUAAAGGUGCCAGAGAUUGUUCCAUUCCGCCUUACCCAGAUGCUUGAAGCUGCUUUGGGAUUGACUGGAGUGGAAGGUACCUUCAGAGCAAAUUGUGAAGCAGUUGUUGGUGUUCUGAGGAAAAACAAGGAUGUACUCUUGAUGUUGUUAGAGGUUUUUGUUUGGGAUCCCCUUGUGGAAUGGACGCGAGGUGAUUUUCAUGAUGAAGCAGCUAUUGGGGGUGAAGAAAGAAAGGGCAUGGAGUUGGCAGUUAGCUUGAGUUUGUUUGCAUCUCGAGUGCAAGAAAUCCGUGUUCCGCUGCAGGAGCAUCAUGAUAUUUUAUUGGCUACCUUACCAGCUGUUGAUUCUGCUCUUGAGGGGUUUGCUGAUGUUCUAAAUCAGUAUGAGCUUGCCUCUACUCUGUUUUAUCGAGCUGAUCAAGAAAGGUCUAGUCUUAUUUUGCAUGAGACAUCUGCAAAGUCGAUUGUUGCUGAAGCAACUAGUAAUUUGGAGAAAGCCCGUGCAUCAUUUGAAAUUCAGGCUCGAGAAUUCACUCAAGCAACAGGUGUAAUAUCUGAGAAGGCUCAAGAAGCUGUAACAUGGAUGGAGCAACAUGGAAGGGUCCUCGAAGCUUUGCGGAGCAAUUUGCUUCCAGAAAUAAAUUCCUGCAUAAAGCUGAGCAGUAUGGCUGAUGCUUUGUCGCUUACAUCUGCAGUCCUGGUGGCUGGAAUUCCACUGACCAUUGUUCCUGAGCCCACUCAAGCACAAUGCCAGGAUAUGGACAGGGAAGUUUCUCAGCUCAUAGCUGAGCUGGAUCAUGGACUCUCAUCUGCUCUAACUGGAAUCCAAGCAUAUUCAUUGGCUUUGCAAAGAAUCCUACCUCUGAAUUAUGUUUCAACUAGUACAGUACAUGGCUGGGUUCAAGUGUUGCAGCUGUCUUCUAAUGCCCUUUCCUCUGAUUUACUCUCUCUUGCCAAAAGUCAGGCUGCUGAACUCGUUGCUAAAGUACAUGCAGAUGAUCUUGAUUCUGUUAAACACAUUCAUGAUGAUAUUUGUCUAAAGGUAGAUAAAUACGCUACAGAGAUUAAUAAAGUUGAAGAAGAGUGUGCUGAGUUAGUAAACUCUAUUGGCUCAGAGACUGAAUCAAAAGCUAAGGAUCGUCUUCUGUCUGCUUUUAUGAAAUACAUGCAGUCUGCUGGUUUGGUGAGGAAAGAAGACACUAAUUCUACUAGUCAACCAGGACAAUUGAAAUACGAUGCAACUAGGGAUGCCAGGUUACCAGUGGACCUGGAAGACAAGAAGGAGAAGGUAUUAUCUGUUUUAAAUAUAGCUGUAAGGUCCUUGUAUAAUGAAGUAAGGCAUAGGGUACUAGACAUAUUCAGUAAUUUUGGAGGAGGAAGGCAUGCAAAUGACAGAUUUAGAUCUAUCUUCUGCGAGUUUGAAGAACAGAUAGAGAAAUGUGUACUUGUAGCUGGAUUUGUUAGUGAAUUACGGCACUUUAUUGGUAGGGACAUACCUAGUGUGAAUGCAGAUGUAUACCAUGCAAAAUUUUAUUCUGAAAGAAACUGGGCAUCCACAUUCAAAUCCACUUUACUUUCCUGCAAGAGCUUGGUUGGGAAAAUGACUGAAGGUGCUUUAUUGGAUGUCAUGAGAUCUGCUGUUUCAUUGAAUUCAGAAGUUAUGGAUGCAUUUGGGUUUAUCUCUCAAAUCCGAGGAUCCAUUGAUACAGCAUUGGAGCAAUUCUUGGAAGUUGAAUUAGAAAGGGCAUCCUUGGUUGAACUAGAAAAGAACUACUUUGUUAAGGUUGGCCUUAUUACUGAGCAGCGGUUGGCUCUUGAGGAAGCUGCUAUGAAAGGCAGAGAUCAUCUGUCUUGGGAAGAGGCAGAGGAGCUUGCCUCCCAGGAAGAAGCUUGUAGGGCACAGCUGGACCAGCUCCAUCAAGCAUGGAACCAGAGGGAGAUGCGAGCUACUUCCCUUGUAAAGAGAGAAGCUGAUAUAAAAAAUGUCUUGGUUUCUUCUGAAUGCCAAUUUCAAUCUAUACUUGGUGCUGAAGAGGUAAGGGAACCACAAGUGUUUGGAAGCAAAGCUCUUCUGUCCACACUAAUAAAACCCUUCUCUGAUUUGGAAUCAAUUGAUAAAGUGUUGUCCUCUGGUGGUUCUGCUGCUUCUCCCUCAAAUGAAUUUGUUAACUUGGCAGAUUUGAUGAGUUCUGGGCACUCAAUAUCUGAAUACAUCUGGAAGUUCGGUGGCUUACUGAAGAGCCACAUAUUUUUCAUUUGGAAAGUUUGCAUUGUUGAUUUUUUUCUUGAUUCAUGCAUACAUGAUGUUGCUUCAUUUGUGGAUCAAAAUUUAGGAUUCGACCAGCUUUUCAACAUUGUAAAGAGAAAGCUUGAAAUCCAGCUUCGUGAACAUGUUGGUUGCUACCUGAAGGAACGAGUUGCUCCUGCUUUCUUAGCUUGGUUAGAUAAAGAGAAUGAGCAAUUGUCAGAAGCAACAAAGGAUCUUUCUCUUGACCAAGUGAAAAAGGAUAUCGGCGCCAUCAGGAAGGUGCAGCUCAUGCUUGAGGAAUACUGCAAUGCUCAUGAGACUGCUAGAGCAGCAAGAUCAGCAGCUUCUGUCAUGAAAAGACAGGUAAAUGAACUCAAAGAGGCUCUUCACAAGAAUAGCCUGGAAAUUGUCCAGUUGGAAUGGAUGUAUGAUGGGUUGACCCCUUCACAUAAGAGCAGAGUCACAUUUCAAAAGUUCCUUUCCAAUGAAGAUAACUUAUAUCCCAUUAUCCUAAACCUCAGCAGACCUAAUCUGCUGGAAGGGUUGCAAUCAGCCAUAACAAAAAUGGCUAGGUCAAUGGACUGCCUGCAAGCUUGUGAACGAAAUUCUGUUGUGGCAGAAGGGCAGCUUGAGAGAGCAAUGGGAUGGGCUUGUGGUGGACCAAAUUCCAGCACAACUGGAAAUACUUCAACCAAAACUUCAGGAAUUCCUCCUGAAUUCCAUGACCAUCUAAUGAGGCGACAGCAAUUGCUGUGGGAAGCUAGAGAAAAGGCAUCAAAUAUUCUUAAAAUUUGCAUGUCUAUAUUGGAGUUUGAAGCAUCAAGAGAUGGGAUUUUUCAGAUACCAGGAGAGGUUUAUCCAGCAAGAAGUGUUGCUGAUGGCAGGACAUGGCAGCAAGCUUACUUGAAUGCACUAAUAAAGUUGGAGGUUUCCUAUCAUUCUUUUACUCGCACCGAACAAGAGUGGAAGCUUGCACAAAGCAGUAUGGAAGCUGCUUCCAAUGGCAUGUAUGCAGUUGCUAAUGAACUCUGCAAUGCAUCUCUUAAAGCAAAGUCAGCUUCAGGUGAUUUACAAAACAUUGUUCUUGCAAUGAGGGACUGUGCAUAUGAAGUCAGUGUGGCACUAUCUGCCUUUAGUCGCAUCUCAAAGGGCCAUACAGCCUUGACUUCUGAAUCUGGUAGCAUGCUUGAAGAGGUUCUGGCCAUAACUGAAGAUCUGCAUGAUGUUCAUACUCUGGGAAAGGAGGCUGUUGCAUUCCACUGCUCUCUCAUGGAAGAUCUAUCUAAGGCAAAUGCAAUUCUUCUUCCACUUGAAUCUUUAUUGUCGAAUGAUGUGACUGCUAUGACAGAUGCUAUGACCAGGGAAAGAGAGACCAAGAUGGAAGUAUCUCCUAUUCAUGGUCAAGCCAUUUACCAGUCUUACUGCUUGAGAAUUAAAGAGGCUAUCGAGAAAUUUAACCCCUUGGUACCUUCACUUGCAUCAUCUGCGAAGGGACUGCAUUCGAUGCUGACAAGGCUUGCACAAACUGCUAGUCUCCAUGCUGGCAAUCUUCAUAAAGCUCUUGAAGGGUUAGCAGAAAGCCAGGAUGUCAAGUCACAGGGAAUUAGUUUGUCUGGGACGGAUCUUGACAAUGGUGCUAAUGCAUUCGAUGACAAGGGAAGAGAGAGCUUCUCUAUAUCAGACAAUGGGAGUGCUAAAGAUCUCAUUAAUGAUAGUGGACUUUCCUUGCAAGAUAAAGGAUGGAUAUCCCCACCAGAUAGCAUAUACAGCAGCAGCUCAGAAUCUGGCAUUACCUCAGCCGAAGCAAGUUUUCCAGACAGCUUACAUGAUCCAGAAGAACUAAUAAGACAAUCCCCUUGUGGAUCUGGUGUCAGGGUCGCGACUUAUCAUCUAAAUUCUGCACCAUCUUCUCAAACUGGUUGCCAGAAAAUCUCAGACCCUGGUCAAUCAGGAUUUAAUAGUAACAAUGAUUCUGUCACAGGAAUUGGUGAGCUAACUGAACAUCUGAAUUCUGUGGCACCACCAAGUGAUGAAGCUGUAAAUGUCGCUGUCGAGCCUUCACAACCUUUGGAUGAUGAGAGCUCAAAGGAGAAAUUUGAGGGCAAAAAUGAUGAGGUGUCCUCAUUAAACAAAGUUAAAAUUGAAGAUGAAAAUCAAGAAUCUCCUCAUCCUAAUCUGCAGACCGGCAGUCGAGUGGCCAAGGGUAAAAAUGCUUAUGCUUUGUCAGUGCUAAGGAGGAUUGAGAUGAAAAUAGAUGGUCAAGAUAUUGCGAACAACAGGAACCAUUUCUCGUGUCUCAGAGAAAUUAGUAUUGAAGAGCAAGUGGAUCAUCUGCUGAAGCAAGCAAUGAGUGUAGAUAAUCUUUGCAACAUGUAUGAGGGUUGGACACCAUGGAUUUGAACUUCUGAAGUCUGCCUAAAAGCAGUCAAAAUUCUAAUGUGAUGCGGUCAGGAAUUUAUAUGGUGAUUCGUUUGUUCAUAACAUUGAAUGGGCAGGCUCAUAUCCUGAAACGUUUCCCUGCCUGGGAAUCAAACGGCUGGAAUUGUUGCCUCAUAAGGCCCAAUCUUUUGGCUUCAGGAUCAAUGAUUCCCUUUGCAGGAGCUGUCGUUGCCAAUUUGGUUAGAGAUUCUGAUAAAUUGGCCACGGGCACUUUAAAAGUUGCUAUCCAUAUGUGUGAUGUUGGCAUAUGCCUGCCCUUUCAAGAAUCAGCCGCUUUUGAGGUAGAAAGCAUCCUCCAAGCCAGGCCUAAACAAGAUAUGUCUCAUCUUAACUGUGAUGUGGCCUGUGAGAUUCCAACUGGUCUACUUUUCACCAGCACUAGAGUUUCCACCGGGACUCAAAUUUUGGAGAUGCAGUUCCUUCGCACAAUUGCUGCCGAGGUGGUUUCAACUAAUCAAUUCACAGCCUUUUGUGUUCAUGGCCGAAGAAGCAAAUGGUGUCUCAUCUGCAUCACAAGAUUUUGGUUUUGAGCAACCCUCUGGCAUGUUGCUUCACAGUCAGAUCGGUUACUUGCAAGUAUCAAAUCGCACUUUCCUUCAAAAGUACUCUGGAAAUCAAGUAACCAACAUCUCCAUUGCAUAGUGUAUAGUUAGAUUUAUUUCGAAGUUGUAAUUGCCCCUAGCUAGCGCGGCUGUUUCUUCUUUGCAAAUGUUUUCCAAGACCUUGCUGUGAAUGUUUCACCUAAUUCAGUGGGUUCCAUGAGGAGAGCAUUUGCUUUCAGUGAUGCUGCUCGACCCCAAACAUUCUUCUACUUAAUCGCGUUAUGUUUGGAGUGUUGUUGGAUAGGUCUCCUAUCUUCAUAAUCUCCGUCGCUCAAAUAUUCAAUUAUUAUUCUACUUA